CUGUAGUAGGAGAAUUUUUUAUUUUAUUACGAUCAAUUUAAAUUUAUCCAAUUAAAAUCAUUUCUUAUCUUAUAUAUAAAAAAAAAUCCCAAAAGAAAAAAAAAUCACUCUUCCUUUAAUUUUCCAUUCAAUUUCAAUUUUAGUUUCUUUCUCUCUCUUCAUCGUACUAACCCGAAAUCUUACAAAAACUACUUUACACUAACCCUAGCAAAUAACGCUAAAUUCAUCUCAAAUAUCCUGCAUUUCAGUUUCAGAUCACUAAAUUAGGGUCCCAAAAAUGAAAUCCGAUUCAAAUUAGAUCGAAUGAUGGUAAGUUUAGGGAAAUUUGAUUGUUAUAACGCUGAUUGUAUGGGAGACGAAGAAGAUGCCGGAGUUUCAAGCAGAUGAAAAACAACGUCGUCCGACAACUCCAGCGAAGAAGAAAAUCAAGAACGUUAAGAAAUCGUUUCAUUUGGUUGGGAAUUAUAUUCGGACUCGCGCUGCUGUUGCAAGGGAAGCAGCUGAGAAGAAAGUUGUUCAGACAAGUAGGGAUCCUCCGAGAACUAGGUUAGCGGUGAAGGAAGGGAAACAAAAAGUUGAGCCUGUGAAUAUUGAUUCUAAUUGUAAAAAAGUUAGCAGUUUUGAUAUUAAAAUUAAGAAGGUAAGUAGUAAAGUUCCGGUGAUUUUGAUUACGUCGAAGGAGAGAGAAUCUGAAAAAAUGUUGGGAGAUGAUAGCGGUGGAAUAAGUGCUAAUAAUAAAGCUACUGGUCAAGAUGAUGAUGGAAAUAAAUCUCCUUUCCCUGAAAGGGUGCAAGUAGGAGGUUCUCCAUGGUAUAAGGUGGAAAGGAAAUUAGGGAAAGGUGGGUUUGGGCAAGUGUUUGUUGGGCGUCGCGUCACUGGUGGAAAUGAACGAUCCACUGGUCCAGGGGCCUUGGAGGUGGCCUUGAAGUUUGAACAUAAGAACAGCAAAGGUUGUAACUAUGGCCCUCCAUAUGAAUGGCAAGUGUACAAUACUCUUGGUGGUAGCCAUGGAGUUCCUAAGGUGCAUUAUAAAGGGAAGCAAGGAGAUUAUUAUGUCAUGGUGAUGGACAUGCUUGGACCGAGUUUAUGGGAUGUGUGGAAUUCUUCUGGACAGACGAUGACAACUGAAAUGGUUGCCUGUAUAGCAGUCGAGUCAUUAUCAAUUCUUGAGAAGAUGCAUUCAAGAGGUUAUGUGCAUGGAGAUGUGAAGCCUGAAAACUUUUUACUUGGUCAGCCUUCUACUGCUCAGGAGAAAAAAUUGUUUCUUGUUGAUCUAGGACUUGCAACAAAAUGGAGGGAUACUUCUAGCGGUCAGCAUGUCGAAUAUGAUCAACGUCCUGAUAUGUUUAGGGGAACAGUUCGAUAUGCAAGUGUCCAUGCCCAUCUUGGUAGAACAGCUAGCAGAAGAGAUGACUUGGAGUCUCUUGCUUAUACCCUCAUUUUUCUUCUCAAGGGAAGGUUACCAUGGCAAGGCUAUCAGGGUGAUAACAAAUCAUUUCUAGUAUGCAAAAAGAAGAUGGGAACCUCUCCUGACGCUUUAUGUUGUUUCUGUCCGCAACCUCUAAAACAAUUUGUUGAGAUAGUUGUGAAUAUGAAAUUCGAUGAAGAGCCCAACUAUUCAAAGCUGAUAUCGUUAUUUGAUGGGUUGAUUGGGGCCAAUCCAUCUAUACGGCCGUUAAAUAUUGAUGGGGCUCAGAAGAUCAUCUGUCAAGUUGGACAAAAACGUGGAAGGUUGAAUGUUGAUGAAGAAGAUGAUGGGCAACCCAAGAAGAAGGUCCGCAUGGGUGUUCCAGCUACUCAGUGGAUUUCAGUUUAUAAUGCGCGAUCACCUAUGAAGCAAAGGUACCAUUACAAUGUUGCUGAUGCUCGAUUAGCUCAGCAUGUUGAAAGAGGUAAUGCUGACGGUCUUCUUAUAAGCUCUGUGGCAUCGUGUUCUAAUCUGUGGGCAUUGAUUAUGGAUGCGGGUACUGGCUUUACUCAACAGAUUUAUGAGUUGUCAUCACAGUUUUUGCACAAGGAGUGGAUCAUGGAACAAUGGGAGAAGAACUUCUAUAUUAGUUCAGUUGCUGGAGCCAAUAACGGCAGCUCCCUUGUAGUGAUGUCCAAAGGCACUCAAUUCACUCAGCAGUCGUACAAAGUAAGCGAUGCCUUUCCUUUCAAGUGGAUAAAUAAGAAAUGGAGAGAAGGAUUUCAUGUCACCUCAAUGGCUACUGCUGGGACCAGAUGGGGCGUUGUCAUGUCUCGUAAUGCCGGUUUUAGUGAUCAGGUUGUAGAACUAGAUUUUUUGUACCCAAGUGAGGGAAUUCACAAGCGCUGGGACAGUGGUUAUCGAAUUACAUCAACAGCGGCUAAUAUUGAUCAAUCAGCACUUGUUUUGAGUGUACCCAAACGCAGGCCGGGUGAUGAAACCCAGGAGACGCUGAGGACCUCUCAAUUUCCAAGCACGCAUGUUAAGGAUAAAUGGGCAAAGAAUCUGUAUCUAGCAUGCUUGUGCUAUGGAAGAACCGUGUCAUGAUUCCCGUCCCGUGUAAUUAGAAAGUUGUAUGAGAGAAAAUGUAAGAAAAUAGAAUGAACAAUUGGCCCUUUUAGUCAAGUAUGUGAUGGAAUUAGGAGCCAAGCUGAGGAAACAUUGUUUCCCGAGCAACUAAUAGUGAGAAACGGGUCCCUUUAUGUUGUAUUUACUUGUUGGAACAGUACGAGCAACUAAUAGAAUGAUGGUUUAAGAAGCCGCAUCACGGCAAAGGUUCA